UGGUCAUUUCUCAAUGACGCUGUUCCAUCCACUUCCUUUCUACUGGAGCAAAGAUGGCGGACUACGACCUCACCACAAAAAUUGCUCACUUUUUGGACCGUCAUCUUGUGUUUCCUCUUCUGGAGUUUUUGUCUGUUAAAGAGAUCUACAAUGAGCAAGAGCUUCUUCAUGGAAAGUUGGAUCUUCUUAGUGAGACAAACAUGGUUGACUUUGCCAUGGAUGUCCACAAGAGCCUUUUUCCCGACAGGGAAAUACCACACACCCUGAGAGAAAAAAGAACUGAAGUUGUGGCUCAACUCAAACAACUACAGUCUGAGACGGAACCUAUUGUGAAAAUGUUUGAAGAUCAAGAAACAACACGGCAAAUGCAAUCUACCAGAGAUGGAAGAAUGCUCUUUGACUAUUUGGCUGAAAAGCAUAAUUUUCGUCAGGAGUACUUGGAUACGCUCUACAGAUAUGCCAAGUUCCAGUAUGAAUGCGGCAACUACUCUGGAGCCGCAGAAUACCUUUACUUCUUUCGUGUUUUGGUUCCUGCUACAGACCGAAAUGCCUUGAGCUCUCUGUGGGGCAAGCUGGCCUCAGAGAUCCUCAUGCAGAACUGGGAAGCAGCCAUGGAGGACCUCACCCGCCUGAGGGAGACCAUCGAUAACAAUACAGUCAGCUCUCCUCUCCAGUCUCUGCAGCAGAGGACAUGGCUAAUCCACUGGUCUCUCUUUGUAUUUUUCAACCAUCCCAAGGGCAGAGACAAUAUCAUUGAGCUAUUUCUUUAUCAACCUCAAUACCUGAAUGCCAUUCAGACUAUGUGCCCCCACAUCUUGCGUUACCUAACCACAGCCGUCAUCACCAACAAGGAUGUUCGAAAGCGCCGGCAGGUUCUGAAGGAUCUGGUGAAAGUCAUACAGCAGGAAUCUUACACCUACAAAGAUCCAAUUACAGAGUUUGUGGAGUGCCUCUAUGUGAAUUUUGAUUUUGAUAGCGCUCAGAAGAAACUUCGGGAAUGUGAAUCUGUUCUGGUGAAUGACUUCUUCUUGGUUGCCUGCCUGGAGGACUUCAUUGAAAAUGCCAGACUCUUCAUUUUUGAGACCUUCUGCAGAAUUCACCAGUGCAUUAGCAUAAGUAUGCUGGCAGACAAACUCAACAUGACACCCGAAGAAGCAGAGAGAUGGAUCGUGAACCUGAUUCGUAAUGCCAGACUGGACGCCAAGAUUGACUCCAAACUUGGCCAUGUGGUUAUGGGAAACAACGCCAUAUCACCUUACCAGCAAGUGAUUGAGAAGACCAAGAGCCUCUCGUUCCGAAGCCAAAUGUUGGCCAUGAACAUUGAGAAGAAGCAGGCCCACAGCAACAGGAACGAAACACCAAACUGGGCAGGCCAGGAUGCCGGGUUUUAGUGUCACAAAGAAGACAGAUGGUUAUUUCACUGCCUUUUUCCACACUUGUUUCUCAAUGAGUACAGCACAAUUUUGUACUUUAGUCAAGUCAUCGCCAAUUCAAUAAAAAGCGACCAACAAACAA